AAAAAUAAUUGCAAAUUAACAUAGUAGUGUUAUUACGAAAAAAAAAUAUUUUUAAAUUGACAUAGUAGUGUAACUUUGAAAAAAAAAUAAUUGCAAAUUAACAUAGUAGUGUUAUUACGAAAAAAAAAUAUUUUUAAAUCGACAUAGUAGUGUAACAAAAAAAAAAAAAUUGGUAAAUAAACAUAGUGUUGAAUGAAAAAAAAGUGCAAUGACUAGAAACUGACGUUGAAAAUAAAAAAAGGUCUUAAUCAACAAGCCGGUCCAGCAAACUUGUUGAUCGUAAUAAAUAUUUUCAUCGUACUCGAAUCAUGACUACCACAAAGCCGUCAAUACUACUGCUACUACAACUACUACUAGGACUAAUAGCCAACUGUUGUGCCCGCGACUCACGUACAGACCCGAUGGUGGUUGAAACAACCAGCGGGCUGAUACGUGGCACGUCAAAGACAGUUCUGGACCAUGAAGUCCACGUCUUUCUGGGCGUGCCCUUUGCCAAGCCACCGAUCGGACCACUUCGAUUCCGGAAGCCUCUGCCAAUGGAGCCUUGGCACGGAGUUUUGAACACCACUACGUUGAGUAACAGUUGCUUUCAAGAACGCUACGAGUAUUUCCCGGGAUUUGAAGGCGAGGAAAUGUGGAAUCCCAACACCAAUGUCUCUGAGGACUGUCUGUAUUUGAAUAUUUGGGUGCCACAGAAAUACAGACUUCGUCAUAAAGAGACCCCGGGUGAUGACAAACGAGGAAUGCCGAUGCUAGUUUGGAUUUAUGGGGGCGGAUAUAUGACCGGAACCGCGACCUUGGAUGUUUAUGACGCGGAUUUGAUGGCAGUUACCAGCAACGCGAUUAUUGCGUCGAUCCAGUACCGGGUUGGGGCAUUUGGGUUCUUGUAUUUGAACAAGUACUUUGGUCAGAAUGAGGAAGCUCCCGGGAAUAUGGGUCUCUGGGACCAGGCAUUGGCUCUAAAGUGGCUAAAAUCCAACGCUGCUGUAUUCGGUGGAGAUCCCGAGGCGAUAACAAUUUUCGGUGAAAGCGCGGGAGGCGGUUCCGUGUCGUUGCAUCUUAUUUCCCCGGUAACUAGAGGACUCGUGAGACGCGGAGUGCUUCAGAGCGGGACCUUAAAUGCGCCUUGGAGUUUCAUGACCGCUGAGAAGGCGACGGAUGUGGCCAGAGUACUGGUCGAUGACUGCGGCUGCAACUCGACCAUGCUUAUGGACAAUCCGGCCAGAGUUAUGGCCUGUUUGAGGUCCGUCGAUGCUAAGACUAUCAGUGUCCAACAGUGGAAUAGUUACUGGGGUAUUUUAGGAUUUCCAUCAGCGCCUACUAUUGAUGGUGUUUUUUUGCCAAAACAUCCUCUCGAAUUGCUCAAAGAGGCUGAUUUCGCGGAAACUGAAAUUCUUAUUGGAAAUAAUCAGAACGAAGGAACUUAUUUUAUACUCUACGAUUUUAUCGAUUACUUCGAAAAAGACCAGCCGAGUUUCCUGCAACGAGAAAAAUUUUUGAGUAUCAUAAACACGAUUUUCAAAAACAUGACUGACGUCGAAAGAGAAGCUAUUGCCUUCCAAUACACCGAUUGGGAACGGCCUAAAGAUGGUUACAGAUAUCAGAAAGCGAUUGCUGAUAUUGUAGGCGAUUAUUUUUUUAUAUGUCCGUCCACACUGUUCGCUCAAUUGUUUGCUGAACGUGGUAUGAAGGUCUACUAUUAUUUCUUCACACAAAGAUCGAGCACGAAUUUGUGGGGUAAAUGGAUGGGUGUAGUACACGGCGAUGAAGUUGAAUAUGUAUUUGGACACCCAUUAAAUACGUCACUAAAAUAUACUGACAAAGAACGCGAGUUGUCAAUGAAAAUAAUUUCAGCAUUUUCAAAUUUCGCUUUCACUGGCAAACCGACAGAAGGUGAUGACUGGCCACCUUACACUCGUGACGAACCUCAGUAUUAUAUUUUUAAUGCAGAAACAACCGGACUUGGGACCGGACCACGGUCUCCAGCUUGCGCAUUCUGGAAUGAAUUUUUACCACGAUUGGCAGGCGUACCAGAUCCAUCACCAGAGGCCUGUAAUGGCGCGAUAGCCUCCAGUGUCUCUGCCGGUGCACGGAAGUUGCGUUCCACCGUUUUACUGAUGAUUGCACUGAUAGCAUUCACUGGAGUCAUUUAGGUCGCGAUAACAAUGGGAAUUAUAAUUAAUUCCAGGUCAUUGAUAACCUAAAAAUUAAUUAACCAAAAAAAAACAAAUAGACCAGAACUAAACGAGACAAUUAAAUAAGCACCAAAAUAUUAAAUGGUCAAACGACUUAGUGACAGAAUUUGCUGUCUUGAUUUUUAAAAAAAUCAUUAUGAUGAUGAUUGAUGAUUAAUGAUUAAUGAUGAUCAUUAAUCCGGAUGUAGGAUUUGACAACCAUUUUUUUUUAGUAUAGAUUAGACAGUUUAGUAAAAAUAUUAAUUAAUAAUAAAUAAAAAUAUUUUUUAAAUAAAUAAUUGAAAUAAAUAUUUAUAUUAAUUGAUUAAUUAAUUAAUUGAUUGAUUAAUUAGUUAAUAAUUUAAUGCCUAAUUGAUUAUAAAGAGUGACAAAUAUAAAUGUUCUAAAAAUAAAUAAACGCUUUUAAUUAUUAAUU